CUGGCGGAUGCCUUUCCACACUAUGAUAGCCUUAAUCAGAAGAGAAUUCAAGACCUCAAUAAUGAAGGCCUUAAUCAGGAGAGAAUUCCAGACCAGUGCAACGAAAUUAAAGCUCGAAUUCCAGACCUCAAGGUUCAACGAACUCAAAGCUCGAACAACAGAGAAACAGUGGACAGUGGCACUCUCCGACAUAGCCGACUAGCCAAGAAUCAGAAACAGUGGACAGUGGCACUCUUCGAUAUAGCAAAUGAGAAACAGUGGACAGUGGCACUCUCCCGAUCAGAAGAGAAUUCAAGAUCUCAAGGUGCAACGAACUUAAACAACAAAGGAGAACCAGUGGACAGUGGCACUCUCCGACAUAGGAUUGCCCCGUUGAUGAGUUUAGACUACGUACCGAACACGAUUGCCUAUCAAAACACCUUCACAGAUUGGGAGUAUACACUCAACUCACAUGUACACCUUCACAGAUUGGGAGUAUACACUCAACCCACAUGGACCUUCCGAUUGGGAUAUACACUCAACCCACAUGCCCUCUAUGUAACCUACAUUUAUGGAGAAGACCCACCUGAUUCGGUGUCCAGCCCUAAAGAGAACGAUGGAAAACCAGAGGUACUGGGAAGCAAGAAGACGGCUAAUGAACUGCUAUUAAUUAACUGA